CACAGGUCCAAAUCAAGAUGAGGGUCAAGACUCAGAAUCUCUCCCACCCGCCCGGCCUGCGGAUGCCACCAACACCAGGGGGAAAAGUUGAAGAACCUGAAGUCCAAAGCAAUAGCCUGCUCUGCUGCUCAGGAACCAAGCUGCUGCCCCGCCGUGCAGGGCCCGGCAGCCGCCAUGUCCGGCCCGUUCGAGCUCUCGGUGCAGGAUCUCAACGACCUGCUGUCGGACGGCAGCGGCUGCUACAGCCUGCCGAGCCAGCCCUGCAACGAGGUCACCCCCAGGAUCUACGUGGGCAACGCGUCUGUGGCGCAAGACAUCCCCAAGCUGCAGAAACUGGGCAUCACCCAUGUGCUGAAUGCUGCUGAGGGCAGGUCCUUCAUGCACGUCAACACCAAUGCCAACUUCUACAAGGACUCCGGUAUCACCUACCUGGGCAUCAAGGCCAACGACACGCAGGAGUUCAACCUCAGCGCCUACUUUGAAAGGGCUGCAGACUUCAUCGACCAGGCCUUGGCUCAAAAGAAUGGCCGGGUCCUCGUCCACUGCCGGGAAGGUUACAGCCGCUCCCCAACCCUCGUGAUCGCCUACCUCAUGAUGCGUCAGAAGAUGGAUGUCAAGUCUGCCCUGAGCAUCGUGAGGCAGAACCGUGAGAUCGGCCCCAACGAUGGUUUCCUGGCCCAACUCUGCCAGCUCAAUGAGAAACUAGUCAAGGAGGGGAAGUUGAAACUCUAGGGCACUCCUGCUGCCUCUUCUCUAGAGGCAGGGAGGGGAGGCUCUGGUCCAGGUGCCCCAAGCCGCCAUGUUUAGGAAACACAGUGUACCCUGCUCCCAGCAUCACCAGGCACUUGCCCACAAGUCUGUCCCAACACAGCCCUGGGCCACUUUCCCCCUGGGGAGCAUAUAAAGAAGCUUGCUAAGGAA